GCCCGCAACUUUCAACUUUCUGAAAUGUAGUUCUCAAAUUUUAUUUUCUAAUUUAUUUUUACAUUUUACAUUCGUAUGUGCCGAUAUUGGACAUUGCGCGAGUAACGCAUAGAACUUAUUAAAGAUGGAUGACGAGACCAGUCUUCUUCUACCACCGAGAAAAAGAUCUUCGAUUCAUCUUGGUCCACUUCCAAAAGACAGAUACUGGCUGGUGUAUUUUAUAUUUUACACAUUGGGCAUAGCUGCACUUCUCCCAUGGAAUUUCUUCACCAAUGCUAAACAGUAUUUUGUAUACAAACUCCGCAACACAACUAUUCCACAGAAUGGCUCUGCAAUCCAAGGAACUGCAGCAACAUCGGGACAGACGGAGUUGCAGGCGACAUUUGAGAAUUACCUAGCAAUAGCUGCCAUGGUCCCAAAUGUUGUGUUCAUGUUUCUCAACACCGCUGCCACCAAGAUGAUCCCACUCAAAGUGCGAAUGUUGCUGGCUGGUAUCUUAAUGAUCCUUAUGUUUACAUUCACUGUUGUUCUUGUCGAAGUCAACACAGACUCGUGGCAGAUGGAGUUCUUCGGCAUAACAUUGGGUACAGUGGUUAUAGUGAAUGCAGCAAGUGCCAUACUACAGGGUGGAAUAUUUGGACUUUCGGGAAUGUUCCCUCAAAAAUAUACCCAAGCGGUAAUGGGAGGAAUGGGAGCUGGUGGUACAUUUGCAGCUCUGGCAGAGAUAGUGUCUAUAGCUGGAGGGAAUGAUGUCGUGAAGAGCGCAUUCGGCUACUUCAUAGCAGCAGCAGUGAUCAUCUUUAUAGCCCUUAUCGCUUAUCUCACUUUGCCCUUUCUGGCCUAUGCUCAUUAUCAUACAGAAACCCAUAAAGAACUACUAAAUGCAGUACAUAGCCUAAAUGCUGACUCUACAAGUGUCACUGUAAAGCAGCCAAAAGGCAGCACAGUGUCAACUUUAAUUUUAGUUUUUAAAAAAAUAUGGAUGUUAGCCCUGAGUGUAUUUUUAGUAUUUUUUGUGACUUUGUCAUGCUUUCCUGGGGUUAACUCAAACAUUGCUUCAAUGCAACAAGGAUCUUCCCCUUUUACAGGUAAAUACUUUGUUCCUGUGACUUGUUUCCUGUUGUUCAACGUUGGUGACCUUAUAGGACGAACACUCGCUGGUUUUGGACAAUGGCCUAGUCACAACAGCCCACUACUACCUCUAUUAUGCGUACUGAGGGCUGGAUUCAUCCCAUUGUUUCUGCAUUGCAACGUGCAGCCUCGAUCUCACCUUCCAGUCGUAUUUGACCAUGACUUCUACCCGAUUCUGUUUAUGGCCAUAUUUGCAAUCUCCAAUGGUUACCUAGGAACAGUUACCAUGAUGUAUGGUCCUACGAAGGUUAAUGACGAGGAUGUAGAAACUGCUGGUGCUAUGAUGUCAUUCUUCCUGGCGUGCGGUCUGGGUUGUGGGGCAGGAUUCUCCCUUCUACUUGUGAAGAUAACUUAA